GGGUGUGGAAUGAAUGCAGACCCUCUCUCUCUCUCUCUCUCUGUCUCUCUGUCUCUUUCUCUUUCUCUCUCAUUCUCUGUCUAUUUACACUUCUUUUUUUAAAAAAAGAAAUAAGAUUUAGUUCUGCUCUUUGCAUCCUUGCCUGGUUUGGUUUUUUUGUUUUGCACCUUUGCAGUGGAGAAAUAUGAGUUCCCCUGUUGUUUUUUCUGCACAGGAGAGACCUCUGACAGUUUGUGGUGAGACAGCGUGCGUAUGAAUGAGGCAGCGUCAUGGCUGCGAUGAUUCCGCCGGUGAAGCUGAAAUGGUUGGAGCAUCUGAACAGCUCGUGGAUCUCGGAGGACAGCGAGUCCAUCUCCACGCGAGAGGGCGUGGCUCUGCUCUACUCCAAGCUUCUGGCUAAUAAAGAGGUGGUGCUGCUUCCUCAGCAGGUUCUGUGCCUCAAAGGUCCUCAGCUGCCCGACUUCGAGCGUGAGUGUCUGUCGCGUGAUGAACAGGAGCACUACCUGGACGCGCUGCUGGCCAGUCAGCUGGCUUUGGCCAAAACCGUGUGCUCGGACUCUCCGUUCGCGAGCGCUCUGCGCAAACGUCUUCUGGUGCUGCAGCGCGUCUUUUACGCUCUCUCAAGCAAGUACCACGACAAAGGCAAGACGAAGCAGCAGCAGCACUCGGGCGAGAGCGCGCUGAACUCCUCCGAGCUGCAGGCGGCGAGCGAGCGGCCGCGCUCCAGUACAGACGCGCUGAUCGAGAUGGGCGUACGCACGGGUCUGAGCUUACUCUUCGCUCUCCUGCGUCAGAGCUGGGCCCUGCCCACCCCUGCGCCCGGCCUCAGCCUCUGCAACGACGUCAUCACCACGGCGAUCGAGGUAGUCGGCUCGCUGCCGCCGUUAUCGCUAGCCAACGAGAGCAAGAUCCCGCCCAUGGGCUUAGACUGCCUGGUGCAGGUCACCGCCUUCCUGAAGGGCGUGAUCGCCUGCCAGUCCGGGGCGGACGUAGUGGGGCGGAGGCUGGCCUGCGAGCUCCUCCUGGGUUUAGCGGCGCAGAGAGGAUCGCUGCGUUAUCUUCUGGAGUGGGUGGAGAUGGCGCUGGCCGCCUCGGCUGGAGUCAGCAACCUGGAGCAGAACCAGAACCAGAACCAGAACCAGGAAGGCUUAAUGGGAUACGACUGCUUCAUGAACAUCCUCAUGCAGAUGAGACGAUCGUUGGGUUCGUCGGCGGACAGGAGCCAGUGGCGAGAGCCGACGCGCACUCCGGACGGUCUGUGCUCUCUGUAUGAAGCAGCGCUCUGUCUGUUUGAAGAGGUGUGUCGCAUGGCGUCGGAUUACUCGAGGACGUGCGCGAGUCCGGACAGCAUCCAGACGGGCGAGGCAGCCAUGGUGUCCGAGACGUGUGAGGUGUACGUGUGGGGAAGUAACAGCAGCCACCAGCUUGUGGAGGGAACGCAGGAGAAGAUCCUUCAGCCCAAACUCGCGGCCAGCUUCAGCGACGCACAAACGAUCGAAGCAGGUCAAUAUUGCACGUUCGUCAUCUCAUCCGACGGCUCCGUCCGCGCUUGCGGUAAAGGAAGCUACGGCCGCCUGGGUCUGGGCGACUCUAACAACCAGUCCACGCUUAAGAAGCUGACCUUCGAACCUCACCGUGCCAUCAAAAAGGUUUCCUCGUCCAAAGGCUCGGACGGCCACACGCUAGCGUUCACGAGCGAAGGAGAAGUGUUCAGCUGGGGCGACGGAGACUACGGCAAACUGGGGCACGGCAACAGCUCCACGCAGAAAUACCCCAAACUCAUACAGGGACCCCUGCAGGGAAAGGUGGUGGUGUCGGUGUCGGCCGGAUACAGGCACAGCGCAGCGGUUAGUGAGGAUGGAGAGCUGUACACAUGGGGAGAAGGUGAUUUUGGAAGACUGGGCCACGGCGACAGCAACAGCCGCAACAUCCCCAUGCUCGUGAAAGACAUCAGUAACGUAGGCGAGGUGUCCUGCGGCAGUUCUCACACCAUCGCGCUGUCGAAAGACGGACGCACCGUUUGGUCCUUCGGAGGCGGAGACAAUGGUAAGCUCGGUCACGGCGACACCAACCGCGUGUACAAGCCCAAAGUGGUGGAGGCUCUGCAGGGAAUGUUCAUCCGUAAAGUGUGCGCCGGAAGCCAGUCUUCUCUGGCCCUCACCUCCACCGGGCAGGUGUACGCGUGGGGUUGCGGUGCAUGUCUGGGCUGCGGAUCCUCCGAAGCCACCGCUCUCAGACCCAAGCUGAUCGAGGAACUGGCCACCACCCGCGUCGUAGAUAUCUCUAUAGGCGACAGUCAUUGCCUGGCUUUGUCUCAUGAUAAUGAAGUUUACGCCUGGGGGAAUAACUCGAUGGGUCAGUGCGGUCAAGGCAACUCAACCGGCCCCAUCACCAAACCCAAGAAGGUGAUUGGUUUAGACGGAGUGGCCAUUCAGCAGAUUUCUGCAGGCACCUCCCACAGCCUGGCCUGGACCGCCCUUCCCCGAGACAGGCAAGUGGUGGCAUGGCACAGGCCGUACUGCGUGGAUCUGGAGGAGAGCACUUUUGCUCAUCUGCGUUCGUUCCUGGAGAGAUAUUGUGACGGCAUCAAUAACAAAGUCCCUCCGCUGCCUUUCCCUUCCUCCAAAGAGCACCAUAACUUCCUGAAGCUGUGCCUGAAGCUCUUAUCCAAUCACCUGGCUCUGGCGCUGGCAGGGGGCGUGGCCACCAGUAUCCUAGGGCGACAGGCCCGGCCUCUUCGCAACUUGUUGUUUAGAUUGAUGGACGCGUCAGUGCCUGAUGAGAUUCAGGAGGCGGUCAUUGAGACUCUGUCCGUAGGUGCCACCAUGUUGCUUCCGCCUCUGAGGGAAAGAAUGGAGCUUCUCCACUCACUCCUUCCUCAAGGACCUGACCGCUGGGAGAGCCUCUCUAAAGGACAGAGGAUGCAGCUGGACAUCAUUCUAACCAGUCUCCAGGAUCACACCCACGUCGCGUCUCUGCUGGGCUACAGUUCUCCUCCGGAUGUCUCCGAAUCGCUCACGCUGUCGUCAGACCCCACACACACACCGGACACACACCCCGACACACACCUCGCCGAGAUCCUCAUGAAGACUCUACUCAGGAACCUGGGCUUCUACACGGAUCAGGCGUUUGGGGAACUGGAGAAGAACAGCGAUAAGCACUUACAGGGAACAUCUUCAUCUGAUAACAGUCAGCCUGCUCACCUCCACGAGCUCCUCUGCUCUCUACAGAAACAACUGCUGGCCUUCUGCCACAUGAACCCUGUCACAGAGGACUCCAGCAGCGUGGCCCUUCUCCAUAAACACCUGCAGCUUUUGCUGCCUCACGCCACAGACAUUUUCACUCGCUCAGCCGUGCUUCUGAAGGAGAGUUCUGGAAACGGCAGCGUACGUGAGAAACUACGAGAUGUGAUGUACGUGUCAGCGGCAGGAAGCAUGCUGUGUCAGAUCAUGACGUCGUUGCUGUUAUUGCCCGUGUGGGUGGCUCGUCCGCUGCUGAGUUUCCUUUUAGACCUUCUGCCGCCGUUAGACCGCCUCAACAGGCUCCUGCCGGCCGCCGCGCCGCUGGAGGACCAGGAGCUGCAGUGGCCAGUUCAGGGAGUCUCAGACUUAGCGGAGCCGGGGUGUGUGUCCGGUCCUGCACAGUCGUGGGUGUGGCUCAUGGAUCUGGAGCGCACCGUGGCUUUGCUGAUUGGGCGAUGCCUGGGGGGAAUGCUGCAAGGCUCCGCCCCCUCGCUGGAGGAACAGCAGACGGCGUACUGGCUGAAAACCCCGCUGUUCAGCAACGGCCUGGAGACGGACAUACCACAGCUAGACUCGUGUAUCAGUGCUCUCCUGGAGGCGGCUCUGUGUGGGAACGAGGAGAAGAAGCCGUUCGACUGCGCACUGCGAGCUGACAUGAGCGUGUUAGUGGACCUCGCUCUCGGAUCCACUAAAGAGCCCACACACAGCCUGUGGACCAACAUGCUGGACUACGCCAUCAGCAAGGACUGGGACAGUGCGACGCUGAGUAACGAGGCUCUGUUGGACACCGUGUCUCGCUUUGUUCUGGCGACGCUUCUGAAACACACGGGGCUGCUGGGUCACGCCGGCGGAGGGGGCAGGUAUCAGCCGUGUAAGCUGUUGGCUGAAGUGUACCGGAGUGUGUAUAAGGUGCGGAAUCGCUUGCUGGCCUGCAAGAACAUGGAGCUGGUCCAAACUCAUUCACCAUCCAGAGAACGCAGGAUCUCUGAGAAUGUGGACUCGGUAGAACUGGACCCACAGGAACACGCUUUCACUCGGACCAUCGACGAGGAGGCAGAACUGGAGGAACGAGCCGACCGAGAGAGAGACCGAGAGGACAGCCAUCAGGAGCAGGAGGAUGACGAGGAGAGGGAGCAUGAGGUCAUGACCGCAGGAAAAAUUUUCCAGUGUUUCCUCUCGGCGCGGGACGUGGUGCGAAGUCGAGAGCGAACCCGAACGAGCAGCAUCGGCGUCCCGGACGAGUCUGUUCAGCCUGGCCAGGAGCGCAGGAACAGCGCCCCCUUACAGGACAGUCAAGACCUCUACACCACCACCUGCAACGGCAUCAUCCAUCGCUGCGCCAUGCUCCUGAUGGCCGUCACCCCGACGCUCACGCAGACCACCAAUGAGCAGCCGGCUUUGAGCGCCGCCAUGCAGGACGCAGGCGGGUUUAUGACCAGGAGCGAGAGUUUGUCCACUGAGAGUCGUUCCAUCCAGAGCGGUCCGAGUUACAGACUCACUAAAUCCAGAAGCGAGUCUGAUCUCUCCCAGCCCGAGUCUGAUGAAGAAGGAUACUCACUGAGUGGUAAGAGGAAUGUUGACCUGGAUUUGGCGUUCACUCAUAAAAAGAGAGAUUUUGCACACAGCACUCCGGACUCUGCCGACUGGUUCGGCCGGCGUUUGGGUCGCGAGCGCUUGUACAGCUCCCCUCAGUCUUAUGAGGAGUCUGACAUGGACCUGAGCUGCAUGCUGCAGAUCCACACGCUCAUCGACAACAUCGUCAGCUUCAUCAGUGGCGAUGUGGGAAACACGCCCGGAUUCAAGGAACCAGAGGAGAGCAUGUCAACUAGUCCUCAAGCUACGAUCAUCGCCAUGGAGCAGCAGCAGGGCAGAGCGGAGCUGCGAUUAGACGCCCUUCAUCAGAUCGUGGUUUUGAUCUCUGGGAUGGAGGAGAAAAGCAGUCAGGCUGGAGAAGAGGGCGUGGCCGGGCGUGGUCCCGCCGCCUUUCACUCCGCCUCCUUGCUGACGUCAGUGAGACUGCAGUUCUUGGCAGGAUGCUUCGGCCUCGGCGCCUGUAACGGCGGACUGAAGGGUGAGAGCGUCCAGCUACACCACUACCAGGACGGCAUUCGAGCUGCUAAAAAGAGACUACAGAUGGACAUUCAGACAGCAGUGCACAAAAUCUACCAGCAGCUUUCCAUCACACUGGAGAGAGCUCUUCAGUCUAAUAAACACCAUAUAGAGGCUCAGCAGCGGCUGCUGUUAGUGACCGUAUUUGCCCUCAGCGUGCGUUACCAGCCCGUGGACGUUUCGCUGGCCAUCUCCAGCGGGCUGCUAGACGUGCUCUCUCAGCUGUGCGGUAAGGAAACCCUGCUGGGACACACUCUCCAGCUCCUGCACAAACCCGCCGGCUCCCAGCUCAGCACAGCGCUCAAAGUGGCCAGCACCCGACUGCUGCAGAUCCUCGCCAUCAGCACCGGGACGUACGCUGAUCGGUUGAGCCCGAAAGUGGUUCAGGCUCUGUUGGACCUGCUCUGUAGUCAGCUGAAGACUUUGCUGUCGCAGGCUGCAGGAAGUGUCCUGAGCACAAGUCCAGAGUCUGAGGAGAAGACGGAGGACGGAACAGACAGCACGAAAAAAGACUUCAGGGCGUUACUGCGCAAGCAACACACGGCAGAGCUCCAUCUCGGAGACUUUCUAGUGUUUCUGAGAAGAGUCGUAUCUUCCAAAGCCAUCCAGUCCAAGAUGGCGUCUCCUAAAUGGACUGAAGUGCUGCUUAACAUCGCAGCGCAGAAAUGCUGUUCAGGCGUUCCACUCGUGGGGAAUUUGAGGACACGGCUUCUGGCCCUGCACGUCCUGGAGGCUGUACUUCCUGCCUGUGAAAGUAGCGUCGAGGAUCAUCAAAUGACGCAGGUGGUUGAAAGGUUGUUCUCUCUGCUGUCGGACUGCAUGUGGGAGGCUCCUGUCGCUCAGGCCAAACACACCGUCCACCUGAAGGAGAGAGAGCAAGAGGUCAAACUCCAGGGUGAGGCAGAGGAGGAGGAAGCGAACCUGCCUGUUCAGGAAGUGAUCUUCGACCCUGAGAAGGCGCAGUGCUGCGUGGUGGAAAACGGACAGGGUCUGACGCACGGCAGCGGCGGGAAAGGCUACGGCCUGGCUGCUACAGGCAUCUCAUCAGGCUGCUACCAGUGGAAGUUCUACAUAGUGAAGGAGAACCGUGGGAACGAGGGAACGUGCGUGGGCGUGUCUCGCUGGCCCGUACACGACUUCAACCACCGCACCACGGCCGACAUGUGGCUGUACCGCGCUUACAGCGGCAACCUGUACCACAACGGAGAGCAGACGCUCACGCUGUCCAGCUACACACAGGGCGACUACAUCACCUGCGUGCUGGACAUGGAGGCUCGCACCGUGUCCUUCGGCAAGAACGGAGAGGAGCCCAAACUGGCUUUUGAAGACGUGGACGCUACAGAGCUCUACCCAUGCGUGAUGUUCUACAGCAGCAACCCGGGAGAAAAGGUCAAAAUCUGCGACAUGCAGAUGCGAGGAACGCCGCGCGACCUUUUACCCGGCGACCCCAUCUGCAGUCCCGUGGCCACCGUCCUUGCCGAGGCCGUGUCUCAGCUGGUGAGGAUCCUGCACCGCUCGGACGGCUGGACGCAACCCAUCAACCGGUGCAUGCUCCAGCGUCUGCAGCAGAUCCGCGGCUGUCUGCGCGACGGCGCUCCGCCCCCGGGCGGCGCGAGACUCCGUAAGAGCCGCUCGGCUCAGAGCCGUGACGAACAGGACGAGGCGAAGGAAGAGGACAGGGACGAGGAGCGAGGCAGAAGCGGCCGGGAGCUGACAGAGGUGCAGCUGCGUACGCUGUGUAACCUGAUAUGGCCCGUGCUGGCGGUGAUCGGAGGCGUGGACGGAGGGCUGAGGGUCGGCGGUCGCUGCGUGCACAAGCAAAGCGGGAGACAUGCCACCCUGCUGGGCGUGGUGAAGGAGGGCAGCAUGUCGGCCAAGGUGCAGUGGGACGAGGCAGAGAUCACCAUCAGCUUCCCCGCUUUCUGGUCACCUAGUGACACGCCGCUGUAUAAUCUGGAGCCGUGUGAGCCGCUGCCGUUCGACGUGGCGCGUUUCCGAGGUCUGACGGCUGCGCUGCUCCUGGACCUCACCGCUCUGGCUUCGCUGCAGGACGACGGCGCCAAGCUCUCACCUUCCUCCUGCUCCUCUUCUUCCUCGCGCCGCCACGAGCGCCGACACCGGCACGAGCCUCAUGAGCCUGAGACUGAAGACGUGCCGGGCGACCUGCGUGUCUCUCACAGCCUGGAUGAAGUGCGCUCUCACGCCCACACCGCUGCCCACGCUGAACCCCAAAAGGCCCCUGUGCUGGCCGAGGUCCACGCCGUGCAGCUCUCCUACCUCUGCCUCGGCGCCAUGAAGAGCCUGAGCGUCCUGCUGAGCUGCAGCAAGUACGCCGAGCUCCUGCUCAUCCCCAAGGCAGUGCCUGACAGCGGCCACAACUCCGACUGCGGCAGCCCGAGCAUCAGCGUCUCACAGGAGGAGGCGGAGAUGCGCUCGGCUCUGCAGUUCCUCAUGAGACACAUGGUGAAGCGGGCCGUGAUGAGGUCACCCAUUAAACGCGUGCUGGGAUUGGCCGAACUGGAGCGGGCACAGGCCAUGAUCUACAAACUCGUCGUCAAUAGCGUGAUGGAGGAGCAAGAGGGCGGGAAAAACAAACAAUCGGAUGGUGAGAGUGAGGAGCUGGAAGGUGAGCAGCAGUUCCAGACGCCGGUCACCACCUCACCUUCUGCCUCCAGCAGCACCUCAUUUAUGAGCUCCUCUCUAGAGGACACCACCACGGCAACCACGCCUGUCACCACGGCAACCACACCUGUCACCGAUGCUGAGACGGCGCCGGCCUCGGAAUCACCAGGAGUUAUGCCCCUCAGCCUGCUCAGACAGAUGUUCUCCAGCUACCCCACCACCACGCUGCUACCCGCUCGACGAGCUCAGACGCCUCCGGUCUCGUCCCUGCCCACGUCUCCGUCAGACGAACACGGUCGGAGACAGAGUUUCACCUCACCUGAGUCUCAGCCUGCCAGAACUACCAACAGGACAGCGCUGUCGGACCCCAGCAGCCGUCUCUCCACAUCUCCUCCUCCCCCCGCCAUCGCUGUACCCCUGCUCGAGAUGGGGUUCUCCCUCAGACAGAUUAUGAAGGCUCUAGAAGCCACAGGUGCGCGAGGUGAGGCCGACGCCCAGAACAUCACGGUCCUGGCCAUGUGGAUGAUCGAGCACCCGGGCACUGAGGACUCGGAGGAGCGCACCAUGUCUUCUGACUGCUCGGGGGCGGCCGGAGGAGGUAAGAGUGCGGAGAGGAGCUACCUGCGCUCACCUGGAGACAUUCCCAACGCGGACGCCGCAGAGCCGGAGGAGGGAUUCAGCGAAAGCCCUGAUGGAUUAGAUCAAGACUCCGCCUCUGCCUCCACUGGCCACGCCCCUCGUGGGCGCUCAGCCGCCAGUAGGAAGCAUCGCUUUGAUCUGGCAGCACGCACUUUACUGGCUCGUGCAGCUGGACUGUACCACUCGGUGCAGGCCCACCGCUCUCAGGUGCGCAGGGAGGGGUCAGGGCUGCAGCAGGACUCGGGCUCACUGGGCGGAGUUUACGACUUCAACCUGGACGAGGAGCUGGAGCUGGACCAAGAGGCGAUGGAGGCCAUGUUCACCCAGGAGCUCGCUUCAGACUCGGACAUCCUGGGAAUGUGGAUUCCGGAGGUACUGGACUGGCCAACAUGGCACGUGUGUGAGUCAGAGGAGCGUGAGGAGGUGGUGGUGUGUGAGCUCUGCGACGUGAACGUGUCCGGCUUCAACCAGCACAUGAAGAAGAGUCAUCCAGGAUGCGGGCGGAGCGCCAAUCGGCAGGGUUACCGUAGCAACGGGUCCUACGUGGACGGCUGGUUCGGGGGCGAGUGCGGGAGCGGGAACCCGUAUUACCUGCUGUGCGGCAGCUGCAGGGAAAAGUACCUCGGCAUGAAGAGCAAGCACAAAGGAGUGGUGCCGGAGAGAUAUAAGGGCCAGGCUCCAGACCUGCUGGGAAAACAGGACAGUGUGUAUGAAGAGGACUGGGACAUGCUGGACGUGGACGAGGCGGAGAAGCUGACGGGCGAGGAGGAGUUCGAGCUGCUUUCAGCGCCGCUGGGACUCACGGAACGCAAACCCGUCCCCGAGGCUGUUCACUUCCCCGACACGGACCCCCUCGGAGCCUCUGUCGCCAUGGUUACUGCCACAAAUAGCAUGGAGGAGACCCUGCUGCAGAUAGGCUGCCAGAGUUCGGUGGAUAAGAGCUCGUCGGGUCGCAUGUGUUUGGGCGAGCAGGCGGCGGGGCUUCAGAGUUCCGCUGAUCGUAUGGUGGCUUUGAGGAGAGUCACAGCAGCUGCUCAAGUCCUGGUGGCCAGAACCAUGGUGAUGAGAGCGCUGUCUCUGCUCUCGGUCAGCGGUUCCAGCUGCAGUCUCGCUGCUGGACUGGAGUCCCUGGGUCUGACGGACAUUAGGACCCUGGUGCGUUUGAUGUGUCUGGCCGCGGCCGGUCGCGCAGGUCUCUCCACGGGUCUCGCCUCAGGCCCCGGCGCUUUAGAGCGGCCACGUGGAACCAACAAACCCACUAAACCCAUCUCCUGCCUGGCCUACCUCAGCACCGCGGUGGGCUGCCUCGCCUCGAACAGCCCCAACGCCGCCAAGCUGCUCGUCCAGCUGUGCACUCAGAACCUGAUUUCAGCAGCUACAGGGAUGAACCUGACCACAGUGGACGAUCCGAUUCAGAGGAAGUUCCUGCCCAGUUUCCUGCGGGGCGUGGCCGAGGAGAACAAACUCGUCACGUCGCCGAACUUCGUAGUGACGCAGGCGCUGGUGGCGCUGUUAGCCGAUAAAGGAGCGAGACUGAGACCCGGUUACGACAAGGCUGAACUGGAGAAGAGAGGGUUAAUUUCCUCUCUCUAUGCCCACCUUUCCUGCCCCCCCCCUGCUCUAGGCCCGUUGGAGCUGGCCAAUGCGCUGGCGGCGUGCUGCCUGUCGUCCCGCCUCUCCUCGCAGCACCGUCAGUGGGCCGCGCAGCAGCUGGUGCGUACGCUCGCCGCCCAGGACCGCGACAACCAGAGCCGACCGCAGACCUUCGCCGACAUGGCGGGCGACUUACGCAAGUGUUCCACCAUCAAGCUAGAGGCUCAUCAGGGCAGAGUGAUCUCCUGCGGUUGGUGCAAUAAGAAAGGUCUUUUGGCGACCAGCGGGAGUGACGGAACCGUCCGGGUCUGGAACGUGAACAAGAACCAGUACACCCUGCAGCAGACGUGCGUCUUUAACAAAACAGACGGUUCCCCUGAGGAGUGUUCUAGCGGACUGGGUUCUCCAGGUGAGCCGAGCCUGGCGCCCGUGGCCUGGAGCGUGAGCGGCAAGUUUCUAGCAGCAGCCAUGGAGAAAGUGGUCAACAUCUGGCAGGUCAACGGUGGGAAGGGUUUGUUGGACCUGCAGCCUCACUGGGUGUCGUCGCUGGCGUGGCCGGAGAACGAGGCGGGGUGUCUCUGGGCCGGAGAGCCUCGAGAGCUCCUAUUGGUUGGUCGCAUAGAUGGAACCCUGGGCCUGCUCGAAGUUCUAGAUGCCUCGAACAUGCAGAGAACCGAACUACUGCACUGCUACAGGAAAGAUGUGGCUGUGAUGAACAUCGCGUGGUACAGCGAGGAUCGACCGUUUGCUGUCGGCUACGCUGACGGAAAGCUUCUGAUUGGCUGUAAAGAAGCGCUGGAGAAUGGAUCUGUGGUCGUCAUCGAUGCUCAUAAAGAAAGCAUCAGUUCCCUGCGCUGGGCUCCAGGUGGGCAGAUUUUAUUAAGCUGUGCCAAAGAAGAGACGGCGUGCCUGUGGGCGGAGUCUGGGGCGGGGCUUGGGCGGAGCUGGGUGUGUCUUCAGAGCAUCGCUCACCCAAGUGUAGUGAAUGCUGUCGCCUGGUGCGGUCUCUCCGGACAGGGACCUAAAGCACUGAACAUGCUGGCUACGUGUUGUCAGAACGGCUUGGUGUCUGUAUGGACCGUGCCUCAGGACCCCGCAGCGUUCUCUCAGUCCAGCUCAGCCAGAACAGAUGCAUGGUGGGAAACGGACUCCAAGUCGAAACCCAGGUUUACCCCACAGUGGCGCGAAGCUGCAGUGUGUGUCUUCCAGCUGCGAGGUCACAUGACUCCGGUUAGGACGAUAGCGUUCAGUCCUGACGGUCUCGCUCUGGUGUCCGGUGGCGUUGGAGGUCUCCUGAACAUCUGGUCUCUCCGAGACGGCUCUGUGCUACAGACGGUGGUUGCCGGCUCGGGAGCGAUACAGAACACCGUGUGGAUCCCGGACGUCGGCGUCGCCGUCUGUUCCAACCGCUCAAAGGACGUUUUGGUUGUGAACUGCUCCCCUGAGUUCAUGGCUGCUAAUCACAUGUUAGCGACCUGCCGCACUGCGCUGAAGAAGCAGGGGAUUGUGGGAUUGAACAUGGCUCCCUGUAUGAGGACUUUCCUCGAGAGACUUCCCAUCAUGCUUCAGGAGCAGUACGCUUACGAGAAGCCACACGUGGUGUGUGGAGAGCAGCUGAUCCACAGUCCGUACAUGCAGUGUUUGGCGUCUCUGGCCGUCGGACUGCAGUUGGACACGUUACUGUGUCGCCCCCCGGUGCCUCUUCACCUGUCGCACUGCUCCGCCCAGCCUGGCUCUUCCUCAUCCUCAUCCUCGUCCUCCUCUUCCUCCUCAUCCUGUCCUUCCUCACACCUGCACUCAUGGGGCAGCAGCGAGUGGGCGUGGCUACACUGCUUCUCCACCACCGUGAAGACGGCCGAGGCGCUCGCCCGCGGUCACACUUUCCCAGAAUCCUUCAGUGUGCCUGAUCUGGAGCCCGUGCCCAAGGACAAGAUGGCGCUGCUGAUGGACAACAGUAAAUGGGCUCCUGGGUUGGAUGAGCAGUUGAUGUCGUGGGCGACGUCCAGACCCGAGGACUGGCACCUGGGUGGGAAGUGUGACGUGUAUCUGUGGGGCGCAGGACGCCACGGUCAGCUCGCUGAGGCCGGACGGAACAUUCUGGUGCCGACGCCUGCUGCGUCUUUCUCUCAGGCUCAACAGGUUGUGUGUGGGCAGAACUGCACGUUUGUGAUUCAGGCGAACGGAACCGUCUCGGCGUGUGGAGAAGGCAGCUACGGCCGUCUGGGUCAGGGCAACUCGGACGACCUGCACAUUCUCACCGUCAUCUCAGCACUACAAGGGUUUGUAGUGACUCAGCUGGUUACGUCGUGCGGCUCUGACGGACACUCGAUGGCUCUGACCGAGAGCGGUGAGGUUUUCAGUUGGGGAGACGGCGACUACGGCAAACUGGGCCACGGCAACAGCGACCGCCAACGCCGACCGCGCCAGAUAGAGGCUCUGCAAGGAGAGGAGGUGGUGCAGAUGUCGUGUGGGUUUAAACACUCGGCCGUCGUCACGGCAGACGGUAAGCUCUUCUGCUUUGGGAACGGAGACUACGGCAGACUCGGCCUGGGAAACACGUCCAAUAAGAAACUUCCAGAAAGAGUCACGGCUUUGGAGGGCCAACAGAUCGGCCAGGUGGCGUGUGGACUAAACCACACACUGGUGGUGUCGGCCGAUGGAUCGACUGUCUGGGCGUUUGGAGACGGAGAUUACGGAAAACUCGGUUUGGGAAAUUCGACUGCUAAAUCAUCACCACAGAAAGUGGACGUUCUGUGUGGAAUUGGAGUGAAGAAGGUGGCGUGUGGAACCCAGUUCUCUGUCGCUUUGACCAAAGAUGGAAAUGUUUACACUUUUGGGCAAGAUCGCCUGAUUGGUCUGCCAGAGGGACGUGCACGCAAUCACAACCGCCCGCAGCAGGUCCCCGCCCUAGUGGGCGUGUUUAUCGAGGAUGUCGCGGUGGGGGCGGAGCAUUCGCUCGCUCUGGCGUCUACAGGAGAUGUUUAUGCCUGGGGGAGCAACUCUGAGGGACAGCUCGGUUUGGGCCACACCAACCACGUACGAGAGCCGACGCUCAUCACAGCUUUGCAGGGUAAAAACAUCCGGCAGAUUUCAGCAGGACGCUGCCACAGUGCCGCAUGGACCGCUCCGUCAGUGCCACCCAGAGCACCAGGCUCGUCCAUGCCGCUGCAGCUGGGUCUGCCCGUGUGUGUGCCGCCGCAGUACGGCGCUCUGAGAGACGUCAGCAUGGAGGCGCUGAGAGCUCGGCUACGUCUGCUCUACCACUUCUCUGACCUCAUGUACUCCUCCUGGAGACUGCUAAACCUCAGCCCUAACAACCAGAGCUGCACGUCUCAUUAUAACCCGGGGACGUGGGGAAUCGUCCAGGGGCAGCUGCGCCCUCUGCUGGCUCCACGUGUGUAUAUGCUCCCGAUGGUGCGCUCCAUCGGCAAGACCAUGGUGCAGGGCAAGAAUUACGGCCCUCAGAUCACCGUCAAGAGAAUCUCCACUCGCGGGAGGAAGUGUAAGCCCAUCUUCGUGCAGAUCGCUCGGCAGGUAGUGAAGCUGAACGCGUCUGAUCUCAGGCUGCCGUCUCGGGCGUGGAAAGUGAAGCUGGUCGGAGAAGGAGCGGACGACGCAGGAGGAGUUUUUGACGACACGAUUACUGAAAUGUGUCAGGAGCUUGAGACCGGAGUGGUGGACCUGCUCAUCCCAUCUCCUAAUGCCACCGCAGAAGUGGGCUACAACAGAGACAGGUUCCUGCUGAACCCCUCAGCGUGUCUGGACGAGCAUUUACUGCAGUUUAAGUUCCUGGGCAUCCUGAUGGGCGUGGCCAUCCGCACCAAGAAACCUCUGGACCUGCAUCUGGCUCCGAUGGUGUGGAAGCAGCUGUGCUGCAUCCCGCUGACGCUGGAGGACCUGGAGGAGGUGGACCUGCUGUACGUCCAGACGCUCAACAGCAUCCUGCACCUGGAGGACAGCAGCAUCACGGAGCAGAACUUCCACGAGAUGAUUCCUCUGGAUUCGUUCGUGGGUCAGAGCGCUGAUGGGAAAAUGGUGCCCAUCAUUCCGGGAGGAAACAGCAUCCCGCUGACCUUCUCCAACAGGAAGGAGUAUGUAGAGCGUGCCAUAGAGUACCGGCUACACGAGAUUGACCGGCAGGUGGCGGCCGUGCGGGAGGGCAUGUCGUGGAUCGUGCCGGUUCCUCUGCUCUCGUUGCUGACGGCUCGGCAGUUGGAGCAGAUGGUGUGCGGUCUGGCGGAGAUCAGCGUGGAGGUGCUGAAGAAGGUGGUGCGUUAUCGGGAGGUGGAGGAGCAGCAGCAGCUCGUGCAGUGGUUCUGGCAGACGCUCGACGAGUUCUCUAACGAGGAACGCAUGCUGUUCAUGCGCUUCGUCUCCGGACGCUCGCGUCUCCCUGCGAACACGGCCGACAUCUCACAGCGCUUCCAGAUCAUGAAGGUGGACCGGCCGUACGACAGUCUUCCCACAUCUCAGACCUGUUUCUUCCAGCUCCGCCUCCCGCCCUAUUCCAGCCAAUCAGUGAUGGCGGAGCGGCUACGCUAUGCUAUCAAUAACUGUCGUUCAAUCGACAUGGACAACUACAUGCUGUCUCGGAACGUGGACAACACGGAGGGCUCAGACACCGACUACUGACCGAGCCUCAACGCACAAAGACACGCUGAACUCCGAUUCGGCUCUUUUUAAACGUUCAACACAAAAACCCACUGUUUUUAUUUUCACCUCUUUUAUUAGCCGUUAAAGCAGCCAGGUGGAGUUCACGAGGGCCAGAGUAUCAAUUAGGAAAUAUUCUGUUUUCUCUCUUUUUUUUCACAAUUCUUCUUGACUCCGCCUUUCUCCCAUCUCUCUCUCUUUUUUUUUUUUUAGGAUUAUUCUGCAUUAACAUUUUCAUUUAAUUAAAGAAAAAAAAAAAUCUAAAAUUGAUAAAAGGAAAUGAUAUUGUACAUUGUGUAUAAUGCUUCAUUAGAAAUUGUUUUAAGUCCAUAUUUAUUUUGUUUUAAUUUUGGAAUUGCCUACACCCCGUUUCAUAAUAGUGAGAAUUAAAAGCUUCAAACUUGCA